AUGCACGACUCCUGGCUGAAGGCGGCGACGGCGGGGGCAGGGAGCUUGGCCAUCGUGACCUGGGGAGAUUGGGAUUGCCGCACCAUACUCGAGUCAGAGUGCCGCUUCAAGGGGAUCGAGAAGCCGUCCUACUUCGAUCGCUGGAUCAACCUGAGGGUCCCCUUCCAGGCGGCGCUCGGCGGCGGAGGGCGGGUCACCCUUCAGGAGGCGGUCCGGGCGGCGGGACUGGACUGGGAGGGCCGCCUGCACUGUGGGUUGGACGACGCCCGCAACACGGCGCGGCUUCUUGUUGAGCUCAUGCUGCGUGGGGUCAAGAUGACCAUCACCGGCUCGCUGGCGCCAUCGCCGCCGAUCCAGCAGCAGCCGCAGCAGCUUCUCACAAGCCCUUGCGGUGCCUCAUCUGCGUUGGCGCCGCCGCCGCCGAUCCAGCAGAAGCAGCAGUCGCCGCAGCUUCGCACAAGCCCUUGCGGAGGCUCAUCGCCGCUGGCGCCGCUGCUGAUCCAGCAGCAGCAGCAGCCGCCGCAGCCUCACAUGAUAAUCCCCUGCGGUGGCUCGCCUGGGACGUGCUUCUGCUACUGCAGGGUACCGACCAGAGGAGGCGUGGUGUCCAUGCCAGGGCCGAUGCAGGGGAAGUGCUUCUUCGGGUGUGGCAACUGGACGCCGGCCAUGGGACCCGUCUGCCCCUACUUCGUAUGGGCCAACUGA